CAGCGACGGGAUUUCGAAGUUAGGGAACAGCCGCGGCGCAGGCGCACUGGCCUCACAACCGCGGGGCGGCACGCGGGUAGGUAGGCUAGAGCUCAGAGGAGGGGGAGCAGAGCGUGCUGCUGUCUUUUUUUCCCCCCCUUCCCGGCGCAGUGCGUGAGCCUGCGGGUCGCUGGAGGUGCGGAGCGCGGAGCCUGGCUCGGCCUCCCUGGCGCGCGUGUGACUGCGGCGGGCGCCCUCCUCCUGAUCCUCCACGAGUUGGAGGAGUGAACCGGGCGUGCUCCCGGGUUGCCGGGAAGUGAGCUUGUGCUCGCCUUUUCCUUUUUGACGGUCGCCCCUCACGCACACACUCCAGUCCCUUGAGAGUUGGUCUUCGCGCCUCGGCGCGCCCCUCUUCACGCGGCCCCUCCCACAGACCCCAGUCCCCAUUCGCCCCUGGUCCGGAGUUGGCUUCAUCCCUGGGGUCCCUGCUUGGGGGCGGAGAAGAUGGCUGGCGGACGUCUGCUGUUGGGGGGCGACUUCCUGUCGCCGCCGCCGCUGCCCCCCCUCCCGCCGCCGCCGCUGCCGCCCCUCCCGCCGCCCCCGCCCGAGCCAGUGCUGGAGCAGUGGCGCUAUAGCCACGAAAGUGACUGGCAGUGGGCUCUGCGGCGCAGCUUCAUCUGUCGGCACCUGCACAGCUAUCCCGGGGCUGCCCUAGACCAGCUCCUCGCUCUCUCCGCUGCCUGGACCAACCACGUUUUCCUGGGCUGCAGGUACAGCCCACGCUUGAUGGAAAAAAUUCUCCAAAUGGCUGAAGGUAUUGACAUCGGGGAGAUGCCUUCAUAUGAUCUGAUGCUGUCCAAACCUUCCAAGGGUCAAAAACGUCACCUCUCAACAUGUGAUGGUCAGAAUCCUCCUAAAAAGCAAGCCGGUUCCAAAUUCCAUGUGAGACCUCGUUUUGAGCCUGUACAUUUUGUAGCUAGUAGUUCAAAAGAUGAAAGACAGGAAGAUCCUUAUGGCCCUCAAACAAAAGAGGUAAAUGAACAAACGCAUUUUGCCAGCAUGCCGAGAGACAUCUACCAAGAUUAUACUCAAGACUCUUUCAGUAUACAAGAUGGGAAUUCUCAGUAUUGUGAUUCAUCAGGAUUUAUUUUCACAAAAGACCAGCCUGUAACAGCCAACAUGUAUUUUGACAGUGGGAACCCUGCCCCCAGCAGCACAGCACAGCAGGCAAAUUCUCAGUCAGCCUCUGAGCCUUCACCAUCACAGACAUUUCCUGAGUCAGUGGUAGCCGAGAAGCAGUAUUUUAUUGAAAAAUUAACAGCGACUAUCUGGAAGAACCUUUCUAAUCCAGAGAUGACUUCUGGAUCUGAUAAAAUUAAUUACACAUACAUGUUAACUCGUUGUAUUCAGGCAUGUAAGACAAACCCUGAAUAUAUAUAUGCUCCUUUAAAAGAAAUCCCUCCUGCUGACAUCCCCAAAAACAAAAAACUUUUAACAGAUGGUUAUGCUUGUGAAGUUAGAUGCCAAAAUAUCUACUUAACUACAGGUUAUGCCGGCAGCAAGAAUGGGUCCAGGGAUCGAGCUACUGAGCUAGCUGUAAAACUCUUGCAGAAACGUAUCGAAGUGAGGGUUGUCCGACGGAAAUUCAAGCACACGAUUGGAGAGGACCUUGUGGUGUGUCAGGUUGGCAUGCCUUCAUAUGAAUUUCCUCCAGCUCUGAAACCCCCAGAAGACCUGGUGGUGCUGGCUAAAGAUGCUUCUGGGCAACCGAUUUUUAAUGCUUCUGCCAAACACUGGACCAAUUUUAUCCUUACAGAAAACGCAAAUGAUGCAAUUGGUAUCCUUAACAAUUCUGCCUCAUACAACAAAAUGUCUGUUGAAUACAAAUAUGAGAUGAUGCCAAAUCGUACAUGGCGCUGUCGAGUGUUUUUGCAAGAUCACUGCUUAGCUGAAGGUUACGGAACCAAAAAAACAAGUAAACAUGCAGCUGCUGAUGAGGCUUUGAAAAUCCUUCAAAAAACACAACCCACUUACCCAUCUGUCAAAAGUUCACAAUGCCAAACAGGCUCUUCACCCAGGGGCUCUGGAAAGAAGAAGGAUAUAAAGGAUCUCGUAGUUUAUGAGAAUUCUUCGAAUCCUGUGUGCACGCUGAACGACACAGCUCAGUUUAACCGAAUGACGGUUGAAUACGUCUAUGAAAGAAUGACAGGCCUCCGAUGGAAAUGCAAGGUGAUUCUAGAGAGUGAAGUCAUUGCCGAAGCAGUUGGAGUGAAGAAAACCGUCAAAUAUGAAGCUGCUGGGGAAGCUGUGAAAACCCUCAAAAAGACCCAGCCGACUGUCAUUAACAACUUGAAGAAAGGAGCUGUUGAAGAUGUGAUUUCAAGAAAUGAAAUUCAGGGCCGCUCAGCAGAGGAGGCUUACAAACAACAAAUCAAGGAAGAUAACAUUGGCAAUCAGCUGCUGAGGAAGAUGGGUUGGACGGGUGGUGGUUUAGGUAAAUCCGGCGAGGGCAUUCGGGAGCCCAUCUCCGUCAAAGAGCAGCAUAAGCGGGAAGGGCUUGGUCUUGAUGUAGAGAGGGUAAAUAAAAUUGCCAAGAGAGAUAUUGAACAGAUCAUCCGAAACUAUGCCCGCUCCGAGAGCCACACGGAUUUAACUUUCUCUACAGAGCUGACUAACGACGAGCGGAAGCAAAUACAUCAGAUUGCCCAGAAGUACGGUCUGAAGAGUAAGUCUCAUGGGGUAGGCCACGAUAGGUACCUGGUGGUAGGUAGAAAAAGACGGAAGGAAGACUUACUAGAUCAGCUCAAACAGGAAGGCCAAGUAGGGCAUUACGAGCUUGUGAUGCCACAAGCAAAUUAAGAUCUUACUAAUUUAUUUUGUAACUGCCUAAGGAGGCAGAUUUGUGAAUUAAAGAAAUGCUACAUGUUCUGGUUGCAGAGUAUAUUCAUUCUUACGAUGUUUCACCUCGUUCAUUUCAUAUAGUGCUUUAUUAGAUAUUGGAACUUGAAGAAUUCUGUCCACUUGUAUUAGCUUAAUCCAGCAGAUGAUAUUGUGCGGUUACUGUUUGUGUCUUUGAUGUUGCUGUGUCCCUCAGAUUUUAGUAGUUUAUACAGAGCAAGAACACACAUCCAAAUGGAAUUUCACCCCGAGAAAUUCCCAUUUUAAAGGGCAUAGCACAGCACUCUGCAACAAUAUGUAAAGUUGAAAUUGAUUAUAAUAAAACUAGUCUCAAUUCCAGUCUGAACUGAAAAUGUCAGAUCAUUUUGUAUUAUCUCUUUUCAUCUUUAUGUGAAGCCAGUUAUAGAAUGUUUAACAGUAAAUUGUGCUGUACAUGUAAAUGUCCUUACCAACUAAAUGAUGUAAAACUUUCUUAAAGUAAUUUUAGUGUUCAUUUAUUUAUAACUUCUACCACGUGAUUUCCAGAAUAUUGGAAGUAAUUUACUGUAUCUUGUGAUAUAUGAGUUUUAACAAAUUCUAGUCUUCACGCUGAGGGAGCACUACUUGAGAGAGCAAUCGAAAAGUUUCCAAAACUUUGAUUCAGUCUGAAGAAGGGAAGCUGGAACUGUCUGUUCUUGGUGCCUUGCAGAGAGACUCACAGCAACUCUCCAUUAUAGCUUUUACGCGGUGCGGAUGUACAGCACAUCCAAGGCGGCCACAGCUGUGGUGGAGCUUGGUAAGACGGAAGGUACAAUGGUGCUUUGAUGAAAACGGUCAGUUGGCUGGUCCCUCUCUCAAAAAGCUUAUUGAGCCCCCAAGCCAACUUUGUAACAUAUUUAAAACUGCUAUUUUCGCUUAUUUCUGGAAUGUAAAAAAAUGUAUAAAAAGAAUUAGUGUAUGCUUCCUGAAUAAAACGGAGCCAAAGUUGAUCAAGAUAGUGGUGUGCUUAUUUCUGGGCAGCAGCCUGGUAGCGACACUUUGGGUCUUUGCAGAAGGGAAGCGGUGUUCGCACAAAAUAUUUCAACACCAGAGCACAUGAGGAUGAACGUAAGGACUUAGCAGAUGGGAACAGCCAAUCGGCCACGCAUCACACUUUCCCUAUGGACGAACAUGCUGGCUGCAACCAAAUCUCAGGCUGUUUACUUUUGUGUGAUUUUGUUUUCGUAUCUCAGAUAAGUAUUACUAUUCAGAGAUGAAUAUUGAUAUUGAUAGUUAAACAACUCCGGUGACUUGUAAUUGGCCCACAACGAACAAUUUCCUUUGCAUUAUUUAUAUUUUAUAUUAAGAUGUCCGUUGUAGUUAAGUCAAUAUUUUGUUUAUACCUGGGUCUCUGUAAAUUUUAGUCACUUAAAAUGAUUAACACAGUAUGUGAUGUUUGCCUUCCACUAACUCUUUCUUCCUACAGUGUGUGUGGCCUUUCCUGAUGUUGGUAGGAAGAGAAAUGAGGUGUGCAUUUUACUUGGCACUUAAUGUUUUAACAUUGGUGAGGGGAACUAAGCUAAAAUGUUUAUAGAUUUUUUAUAGGAUUAUUAUUAUUUUUUAACCCACAAGGCUUAUGCCAACUUUGAGAUGCUGUGGUUCAAUUAAUGCAUUAGAAAAGCCAGCCUCCAAUUCUCUUGGGUAAGAGUGGCUUUGGGGAUUAGAGAGUGUGAAAACCCAUUCUCUACAUUUCUUUCCUAUUACCAAAAUGAUUUAGGGGUGGGGGGAGUAGGGAAAUGAUAUGUAAGUCUGGUUUAUCUAUGUAAUUUCAACAGAACAGGAUAUUAAUGCCAUUAUAGUUAAGGCUUCCAAAUAAUUGGGCCAAGUAUAUAUUUGGUUCUGAAUUUGAGGUCCAGAUUUCCUAACUUAGAUCAGUGUUGGUAUCGAUGUGGAGUUAGGGUGAAGUCACUUCGCUCUGCUUGAGAAUAAAAUAUGUUGGGAAAUGAAUUUGACAAGAAUGAACUGCUGACAACCUUGCUGUUCCAUUUUGUCUCCUUUUCGUUGGUUCCUGUAUUUUCCCUUUCUUUGAAAAAGCAGUCAUUUUAACCUAGUAAGUAACCUUGCUAUAAAACCUGCACAGGUACUUGAGCAGUUUCAAGUUUUAUUUGACGUAAGUAUAUUAUACUGAGGAACUAACUGCUUUCAGAUAUAUACAUAAAAUCAUUGAGCCUUAUAGAGCUACUUUUUAGAUUUUUUUACCCUCCCUUUUCGUUACAAAAUGAGUGGAAAUUCCAUGCAUUCUGUUAAAAGAGACAUACAGGGCAUUCACUUUGCAGUGUGUAACUCUUGAAGCUGGAGAUGGGUCCUAAAUAAAGGACUCGAACUACAACUUGAGUUCUUCAUCACACCCCCUUUUCCACAUCAAGCAGGCACAGAAAUGAAGAUUCAAGUUCAAGUCCACCAUUUGAAAGGGGACUCUGCAAAUCUGUUUUAACUUUAUUAUUGUUAUAAUUUAUUACAUGCAGGCAGACUGUGGCACUUUGAAAAAUUGUAAAGAAAAAGGGCAAAUUAGCAUUAAACUUUGGAAUGAAAAA